GAUUAAGUUGUAAGUAAACCGUCUGGAGUAUGAGUUUGGUAAUUGCGUGGAAGACACUGAUUAAGACCUUGAGCAAGAUUGAUAGUGGCUGACAAAGGUCAAAAGUUCAUUCGCUGGUUGUCAGUCGUCUAAGAUUUCCAAUACCGAGUUUUUAAGACUUACAAUAAUGGUUCGUGCAUGGAUAAUGGAUGAAUUGGAUACCGAUCAACGUCUGGAACACUUCACCGAUCCUCCGCAAUUCUUAUCGUUGUCAGAGCUGUUUGCCGCCACAGGUGUUGAAUAUUUCAAGGUUGACCAUGACAACUACAAGUCAGACACGGUACUGAAACAGCUGAAAGAAAGUAGAGGGUAUUCUUAUGAGGAUGAGAUCAUUUGCUCCAAAGAGUGUCUCCAGAACUAUGAAGACAAGUUGAAACAUUUCUUUACGGAACACUUGCACACAGACGAGGAAAUUCGUCUCGUUCUUGAGGGCUCUGGGUACUUUGAUGUGAGAAACAGUGAUGACCAAUGGGUUCGCAUUGAGGUUGUUCCCGGUGAUUUGAUCAUCAUACCUAGCGGAAUAUAUCAUCGAUUUACAUUAGACUCUAAUAAUUUUAUCAAAGCAAAAAGAUACUUUGUUGGUGUUCCUGUGUGGGAACCACACAACAGACCAGCUGAUGACAUGGAAUGCCGGCAAGAAUAUGUGCGACGUCUUCAACAAGGUUUUAAAGUUGCCACCAAUUAGAAUUGAAGAAUCACGAAUGAAGUUGACGUACAGUAUAUUGUAUAUCAAUUGUUAACAGGUAUUUUAUGAAUAUUAAUUACAGUUGGGUAUUUACCCAGUCUGUAAAAUUACAAACUGUUGAACUAUUUGAUGAGAAAACCAGGUUACUCUUAGUUUUUUUACCCUUAUUGUUUGAGCUUGUGGUAACGAUAUUUUAGAAAGUUUAUAGAAUCUUUCACUCUCUUUUGGCAGUUAAUGUUCUGAUCCAAUCAAAAUGAACGUCAUAUUUAAUUAUGGAAUUAGUUAUUUAUCGCAUAUUUUACCAUCCAUCGAUGUGUUCUCACAAAAUAAACGACUAGUAGCCUGCACGAUGUUUACCGCUUCAUAUUCUUUAAAUUCACCUAAAACGAUCGGCUGAUUACCUAUCCCCACGCCAUAUUGCUCCAACCACACCCACAUUAAAAAUCUCAUUUAGCAGUUUGUACAUUAUGCAAUGAAACUAGAAAUGUCCCCUCAUCCGUGAUGAAACUUUCAGCAUCGCUGGUGAUAUUAAAGUUGAGGGUAUCUAACUAGGAAACUCCAAGAAUAAUUAUACCUACUAUAUUUAUUUAAUAUCUAUAGAAGUUGUAAAAACAGUUACAGCAAUGUGGGUGUACACAAGUAUGUAAUUACAUCAAGUAGGCAGGUGAGUGUGCUUACAAUUCAUACCUGUGCCGGUGGUUCAUUUUAUUGAUAAGAAUGCAUCCGAAAUGAAAUAAAUAAAUAAAAGUGUUUGUAACAAUAUAGGAUCACAUAGUUAUAAUCCGCAUAGUUAUGGAGGUCAUCCUUAUUUUUGUGGAUGUCCAUACAUUUCUAACAAUUCGAAUAAUAAAUAAUACAUAUAUGUGCAAAAG